UUCGGGCUGCUUGUCAUGUGACGAAGGGUUGUGUAUUUCUUCUACAUCGAUACAGCAUUAAUGGGUUGAGAUAGGGAUCGGGCAAUGGAAGGAGGGGUUAGGCUUGAAGAACGGUCUAGACUCACUAGACGGGCUAGACAGAGAAGGAGACUUGUGAAACUUGCCCUUCUUGCGUGUGUGUAUGUUCUAAGCGUUGCUGUAACCACAACAGUCCGCGUGAUAGGAGGAGAGAAAGAAGAUGCGAUUACACAGGAGGAUGAAUUUAGAGAAUACAGAGUGAGGAGGGCCGCCGACCUCGGAGAAGAAGAAGAAAAACUGCACUCCGAGAUCGGUGGACAAUUUCUUUGGAAAUUUCUUUACGUUGGAGCAAACACAAGAUGGCGGCUUCGUCCUCCAUCUGUUUAUCGCCAUUUAUCUCUUCGCGUCUCUCGCCAUCAUCUGUGACGACUACUUCGUCGCCUCGCUGGAGCUCAUCUGUGAAGAUCUGGGUCUGCAAGAGGAUGUAGCCGGGGCCACCUUUAUGGCAGCAGGGAGUUCCGCCCCAGAGCUGUUCACGUCAGUCAUUGGUGUGUUUUUCGCCAAAAGUGACGUGGGAGUCGGCACCAUCGUGGGGUCCGCAGUCUUCAACCUGCUGUUCAUUAUAGGUGUCUGCGGGUUGCUGGCCGGUAUGGUGAUUCACCUCACGUGGUGGCCCGUCAUCAGAGACACAGGCUUCUACCUCCUGUCUGUACUCGCCCUCGUCAUCGUCAUCAACGACACCGAGGUCUACUGGUACGAGGGUAUGGCUAUGGUUAUCAUGUACGCCUUGUAUAUCGUCAUCAUGUACUUCAACCGGCCCCUGGAGACAAGAGCUGAAGUUCACUUCGAGAGAUUCCGUCAAUGGUGGAGGAAGACACACCCUAAGACGGAUAUAAAACAGCCUCUGAUUGGCGGGAAAAAGGCACAGGAAAAAAAGGUGGAAAAAAGCGGCGAAGCAGAAACAGCGUUCACUGAUGACGCCAUUUGCCACUCUGUCGAGGAACAACACCACGAAAAAGAGUACGAAUCUCCUUGGACCGUGCCUGACGGAGUGAUCCAUCGCUUCUACUGGUUUGUGAUGAUCCCCAUCCGGUUUAUGCUUCACUUCACUGUACCCGACUGUCGACGUCCUGGAAAAUGGCGGAAGACGUAUCCCCUGACCUUCACCUUGUCCAUUGUUUGGAUUGCCGCUUUCUCCUACGUCAUGGUGUGGAUGGUAACGAUUGCAGGGGACGCCCUCAACAUUCCCGACACCGUCAUGGGGCUCACCAUCCUCGCUGCCGGCACCAGCGUCCCCGAUUGUCUGUCCAGCGUGUUUGUCGCCAGGGACGGUUUUGGUGACAUGGCGGUCUCCAACUCUAUCGGAAGCAACGUCUUCGACAUUCUUAUUUGCCUCGGGUUGCCAUGGUUACUCCAAACAGCUGCCGUCACUCCGGGCGAAUCGUUGUCAAUCUCCAGCAGCGGGCUUGUGUACUCGUCCUUGACCUUGCUUGGAACUGUGGUCUUCUUGAUCUUGUCCCUUACAAUCAACAGCUGGCGACUCAACAAGCCCCUCGGCGUCGUGUACCUCGUUGUCUACGUCUUCGUCAUCGCUCUGACGUGCUUGUACGAGCUCAACGUGUUUGGGGAAUUCAACCCACCGUCUUGUCCCAGAUCAGAAUGAAUUACGGGCUGUGAUAUUAUUGGACAUAUAAGGCCGGAUUUUGUCAGCCAUGUUGUAUGAGAUCGUAGUGUUGCAUAAAAUGACGCCACGUCACUUGAAAAUGUUAACGAAACUGACGUCUUCGAACGUUUUGGUGACACCCAAAAUGAGUAAAUAUGCUUCUGUAUCUUGGUGAAAAAUAUUAUUGUACGUGAAUAAAGUCAUUAUGUGUUGUUAA